AUGGGCUUCGCCAAGACGUGCGCCCGAGCCCUCAAGGCUCUGUGGAGCGGGGGCUCGGGGGCCCACGGCGCGAAGGGCGGGCCGUCGGGUCGUCCCCCAAGCGGUGCAGGAGCGGCCAGUGGGCGAGCGGGGGAGGAUGGCGGCGCGAGGUGCGGCGAGACGGGCCCCAAGCCCCUGGGUCCAACGCAGUGGGAGACGACGCCCGGCGCCCAGGGGCCGCGAUCAGGCGGUGGAGCUGGGGCUUCGGGGCCGCCCGGCCUCGCAGCGGCCGGGGGGACCGGCCUGAGGCGUCACAGCGGGGGCCGCGACGGCGAUCAGCGCCACGGCGCCGCCGACGGCCGCGGCGCAGACUUCCCGUGCGCCGACGACGCCGGGCCCCGCGCGAACCCCGUGCCACGCCGGCUGAAGAAUGUUCCCAUCAAGGGCCCCAAGGAAGGGGGCUGGAGGUUGGGCAGCGAGUGGCCGCGCGUGGAGGGCCUUCGCGGGGGCAGGGACCCGUCCAGGUGGCAGAGGGGCCCGAGAGCGGGCAAGGGCGGGAGGCCGUACCAGCCUGAGGCGCCCCCAGCGGGCGAUCCGGCCGGGCGGCCGGGCACGCAGCCAAACAUCGAGAAGCAGCUGGCGGCGCGGGGCGGGGCCGGCCAGUUGGGUGCCCGUAGGAAUCGGAGGUCGGCGUCCGCGGGGGCCAGGCUGGACGGAGGCGACCUGCGGCGGGGCGUCGCGCCGAAGGAACCGGGUGCCAGAAGCGGGCGGUCGACGGCCCCCGUGCUGGGCCCGCCGCCCAGGAAGAUGAUGUCACGGGCCAACGGCGCGCCGCCGUCGGCCGGGGACGAUCCCGGCCAGCGCGCCGGCAGGGGGACCGGUGCACGAAGCCGAGGGAGAGCGGGAUCCGCCGACGCCGGCCGUCGGGCCGAUCCGGCCGUGGACGGCGGCGGGAGCUCGUCGAGGUCGGAGCCGCGCAGGCGCGGCGACAGGGGCCCCGUGUGGGACAGGCUGAGCAGGUCCGCCUCGGAGUACUGGGGGAGACCCCAGGGGGGCGGGGGGCCGGCGCCCACCCUGCGCGAUCGCCGCAGCCUGGGCAGGGGCGAGCCCGCGGUGGAGUCCGCCCCGCCGCAGUGGAGGUCGUCGAGGUCGAUGUCCGCGCCCGGGCUGGCGCCGAUGCCGGCCGCGAGGGCGGGGGGCGGCAGGGAGCGGACCAGGAGCAGGGGCAGGCGCAGGGCGCUGCCCGAGCGCGCGAAGUCGGCGGAGCCGACGACGGCCGAGGCGAACAACAGGGCGAGCUUCGAGUUCCCCAAGGCAAAGCCCGAUCACAGGAGGAGGCGGGCGAAGUCGGGGUCUUUCGUGCGCAAUUCGUGUGACGCGUCCGAUGGGGGGCUCCCCCCCCGGCCGAGCUCCAGGUCGAGGGCGUCGACGGAGGCGGGCGGCGGCGGGAUGAAGAGUUUGCCGGAAGGCAAGCAGGGCGUUGGUGAUGGGGAUAGGGCCAAGGGAGGGGAGGGGAAGGAGAACCGUUCCGCGGCCAUGAACGGGGGCGGGCCGGAAAAAUCGGAUCCCGUUUGCGAGGAGGCGGGCAGGCUGUCGCCCGACUCGCCAGACCGCCUGGAUGCAUUGCUCUGUGCCGGGAGUGCGCAUGGAUCGAGGGGUGGAUCGGUGGGAAGCCACAAACCGGACUGGAGCUUCAAGUGCAGCGGCGUGACGAGGAGCGCGGGGCCGAAACUAGAGAAGGUCAGGGAAGAUGUCGGUGAGUCGGGGUCGUCACACGGUAGGAGAAUAACAUCGAGACAACCGAUAACGGAGGGCAGGGUCAGCGUGAGGGGCUCCUGCACACUCAAUAAAGAACCGACGGGGAUUUGCAGUAGAGGGGGGGAGGAGCAUUCGCUGUACGAGAAGCCGCACACCGCGGUGGGAGAGGAGCAGAGUUACGUGCGGCACCGCGUUUCAGAUCAGGAGAUUGUUGCGGAGCCCGCCAACGUCGCACAUAGUACAACAGACGAGACGAACACAACAAUGUUGGACAGGAAGAGCAUUGCGUCGUCCACAGGGACGGGCCAGACUACGAGCGCACAGGAGACGUCCAGGAGCAGCAGCGCUUCGGUUUCUGGACAGGAAGGCAGGCAGAAGCGGUUUGGCAACAUCGAAGUCAUGCUUUGCACCCCUGAUGGGACGACACAGGGGCGAGGCUCUGUUGUGUUGCCUGUGGAUAUGCCCACCACGCAGGCGAUGGUGCCUUCAGGAUCGCCAACAACACUGCCAGCCUCGGGGACUGAGGGAAUGAAGCGCCCUUUGGACUUCCCAAGAAGUAGACCCUCUUCGGAAAAACAACCUCUGAGGCUAACUAAUGGGAAAGCUGCGGAAGGUGCACCACCAAAGAGCCCACCAUUGAAGCUGCUUCAAAACUUUGCCCUGCCUGAUGGAAGCGCUGGAAACGGUGUGGUGUUGCUGGAGGAGAAGGCUCUGGACGUGCUGGAGAUCACUGGGCAGCUGCUGCAGCUUGCAAAGGAAAAGCUGCCUGUCGCCGUGCAGAAGGAAAGUCUCAACAAGAAGACAGCUGAUGCUAUGGAAUCUAAGCUUGAUGUGGAAGCACCCAAGGGCAGCCCAUCGCUGUCCACUGUGUCAAGUGACCAUGCCUCAGGAAGCAGCAUCCAUGUGGGCAAAGAAGUCCAAGCCAAUUACUCAGAAGGGAGUGUGAGCAUCCCAGCGAAAGAAGGGACCAGCGCUGGCCAUGGCGUGGGUGUCUCUGAUGUACAGGAACUAGCUGGCACAUCUGCAAGCCGUCACCUGCUGGACACUACAGGCGAUGAUGUUGCUGGCCAGGCACCAGGUCUGCAGCCAUCGCAUCCCAUGGCGGAUCUGGCGAGGGAAGAAUCAAGGGAGGUGCCAAAACCGGAUUUUGACGAUGCGAUUAAAGUGGGUGUUUGUGUGGAGGACGACGAUGAUGGCACGGCAUCUGAGGCUGCAUCCUCAGAACCUGUGGUGCCUGUUGCACCUCAGGGAUGCCCUUAUUGGCCACGUCCCAAUGCCGAGAGGCCCUCUGAACAUGCGCGUUCGGAAGGCUUGGAGGUGAGCAACAGAGCGGCGUCGCGAACAGUUCCCAAUUCGCCUUCCACUGGCUGCAACAACGUCAAGGCGAUCCCGCCCGUGCAUCUGGGCGCAAGGGUGCAAGAUUGGGUCAUCCCUCACCCGGAAGGCGAUGACACGCAGCUCUCGACCAUCAAGGCGGUCGCUGGGCCCGCACCCAAGCAGGAAGGCGAACGCCCCGCAGGGGAGAGCGAAAAGCCAUCCGAAGUUUGGGCGGGCUCCAUUGCGGCGACACAGGGAUCGGUGCCGAGCGCCUCCCAUGCUCAGGAGCCAUCGCCAGGUCAGAAAUCAGAUGCUGCCGACCAGGCGACGCCACAGCCGAUUUCUGCGCCGCAGGCGCGGUCGCAGUCGAGCGCGUCCAGUUCCUUGGGGUCCACGGCGACGGCGUGCUCCGUAGGAGUCCAGUCCUCGCCUCGGCAGCAGGGAGCUGCGGCCGACGCCAAGGGGGAUGCCUCGCAGACCGAGUGGCCACGCGUAUACACCGUCCAGGCCACGCCGGGCGACGGCAAGGUGGCCGCCGCGUCGACCACGACGAUCGACGACGACUUCGAGUUUGACCCGCCCUCGCCUCGCCACCCAGAGAUGCUCAAGGUCGCGGGGGGCUACGAGGUGUGGAGUUUCAACCCCAUGUGGCAGGAGGAGAGGCGCACGCCGACGCCCAGCAUCGGGGACCCGUGCCUGUCCGGGCGCUCGACGCCCUCGCGGGACAUGAGCCACUCACCGGUGCCGUCCAACGGGGGACAUGCGAAUCUGCCGACGCCGCCCACUGCCGACGGCGCGGGGUACGGAGUGCCCGAGGAGCCGCGGGGCCAGCGCAGGGUAGUGUCGAACGCGAUACCGGUGAUCGUAAAGGUGAGCUCCCCCCUUGGCGCCCUCCCGCAAACCUUCACCGUGAGGUGCGCUUGUGAAUUCCAGAAGCAGGCUGGGUUUUGGCGCCGGGGAUGCGAUGUCCGUGGUGCUGGGACGACCGACGGGACGUUUCAAUGGGCUGUCUCAUGUCCUUGCUCACCGUCAGUCAUGACAUGA